AUGGGCGCCGCGUCGCUGCGAUUGGUUUUAUGCAUCCUGGCAUGUCUUGGAACGCGGGUUCUUGGACAUUAUUUCCGACCGGAGACCGGCGGCCUUUUCCUGAAUCUGGCUGAUACUUUGCCUACAUUUGACAUCUUGGGAUCCCAGACCGAGGGCGAUGCCCCAACUGGCGGCUCCUUCUGGGCAUCCGUUUUUGCGCAUGCGUCUGAUGGUCACGAUUAUCUCGUUAUUUCCCAUUCAGUCAUGGGGCUACCGAAUGAAACGACCAUGUAUCGAGGAUCAAUCAUUGAUAUCACUGAUUCGUCCCGCCAUGCUCAGUUCACCGUCGUCUCGCCCGUUCCCAGCGUCUGGGCAGACAACGGGGACUACAAUGCCAGCUAUCCAGACUUUGAGUUUGCCUCCCUCAAUCAAAGCUUUAUGCGAACUCUUAGUAGAUAUGAUGGAGCAGAGUUCGACAUCACGUUCGAGUUGUCCGCGCCCGCCCUUCUUUACGGUGGUCUAGGUAUCUUCCAGGUCGGCAAUUAUUCGACAUAUGAUUGGGUCAUGCCAUCGGGAAGAACGAACGGAUGGGUGUCUCUCGGUGGAGUCAAUGUUACCAUUGACCCGGAGAAGUCUCUGACCUGGUAUGACAGGCAAUGGGGCAAAGCACCUCAGUGGUGGACCUGGUUCCAGUUACAUGUUCCAAACGAGGAACCAGGAUGCCCAGAUACUCUCUAUUCAAUCUUGGUGUGGGACAGCACCCCGGAUGGUACGGGGGCAUUCGCAACCGUCAAACUCGGUGCUUCGACACAGACCAUCUCUGUUCAGUCUAUAAUCCCCGGACACAGGAACUGGACUUCACCCUAUACUGGAUAUGCAUACGCCAUGAAUUGGUAUGUGAAGUUGGCCGAUGGGACAGAAUUCGAUAUUUCCACUAUCAGAGACGAUCAAGAAUUGCACAGUGAUGGCGGUGGCGCUUUUGCAACUUACGAGGGACUUGUCACAGCAAAAGGCAACUCAAGGAAUGGAAGGAGAAUCGGUGGAUAUGGUGUCAUUGAGAUGCAAGCCCCGAGUCGUCCUAGUUUCUAG